AUGGGAUCUCACGACCUGGUCAGCGAGCUCCGCUCCGCGCUCAAGGAUGUCGAGGUCGUCACGCCACAAUCCGCCAACUACCGGAAGAGCAUCGAGCGGUGGUCGGAAGCAUCGGUAAAGGAAGCGGCCAUCGUCGUCUACCCCACCACCGCGGCCGAAGUGUCGACAACGGUGCAGCUCUGCACCGCGCACGGCAUGCCGCUCGUCGUCAGCGGCGGCCAGCACUCGACCAGCGGCGACUCGUCCAUCACCUCGGGCCUCGUCAUCGACCUGGCCAAGAUGCGCCGCGUCACCGUCGACCCCGACGCCCGCACCAUAACCGCCCAAGGCGGCUGCACCUGGGCCGACGUCGACGCCGCCGGCGCCCCGCACUGCCUCGCCACCGUCGGCGGCACCGUCAACCACACGGGCAUCGGCGGCCUGACCUUGGGCGGCGGCUACGGCUUCCUGUCGGGCCUGCACGGCCUGACCGUCGACAACCUGCUCGCCGUCGACCUCGUGCUCGCGUCUGGCGCCUUCGUCACCGCGUCUGCCACCUCGCACGCGGACCUCUUCUGGGCGGCGCGCGGCGCGGGCGCCGCCUUCGGCGUCGCCACGAGCUUCACCUACCGCGCGCACCCCGUCCCGCCCGCCGUCUUCAUGGGCAUGCUGGCGUGGCCGCCCGGCUUCGCGCCCGCCCUCGUCGCCUUCGUCAACGCCACCUGCGUCGCCAGCGGCACCGACGGCAAGACGGUCGUCCACGCCGCCCUCAUGGUGCCGCCCGGCAGCCCCGACAGCGACAACGCCGUCGCCGUCACCGCCGUCGUCUUCCACUGCGGGCCCGAGGCCGAGGCGCGCCGCGUCCUCGCACCGCUGCUCGAGUCCGGCCCCUUGCUCGACACCACGGCCGCGAUGCCGUAUAGCGCCGUCAACGGCGUGCUGGCGGCUGCCGCCCCGCGCGGCGGGAGGAAGUCGAUCAAGGGCGCCUCGUUCCCGCGGCCGUUGGACGAGGCCAAGUUUUUGAAGACGAUGGACGAGUUUCAGGCGUUUGUGAGGGAAGUCCCGGCCGCGGCGAGGAGCUUGGUCGCGUUUGAGAAUAUGAAUCCGGACAAGAUAUGUGAGCCGGCCGUGGAUGCAAUGGCCAUGCCGCAUCGCAGUGGGAGGCUGCAGUGUGCCAUCAUGUGUGCGUGGGAGGGCGAAGAGCACGACGAGGCGGUGAGGCGGUGGGGGAGGAGGAUUGCCGCCGUGGUGAACGAGCCGGGCAAGGCGGACGAGGGGAGAGAGAACUUUGAGUAUGUGAAUUAUGAUGGCAAUGGUUCUGGCCCAGAGGUUGUGUACGGUCCGAACUACGAGCGGCUCACCAAGUUGAAGGCGAAAUACGAUCCCACGAAUGUUUUCAAGAAGAACGUGGACAUUAAACCGGUAGCCUGA